ACAACUUUCAAAGGCCCUGGUAAUGAUAAAAAUGACAAUUUUACCCUACAAAACCUUUUUUUUCACCCGUCGCCCAUAGACUUCACCCGUCUCGAUCACACACAAGCACACGUGCCGAAUCGACCACAAACUAGUGGUGCAUGGCACUGGCUCACUCUGAAUAUAAAUGGUUCAUCCCAUAUUAAAUAUUUACAUUAUACUUGAUACGGAUAUCCACGUCAUGUGGCCAAUGUCUAACUAUACACCACGUAUUAUUCUUGUUGCAGCUACCACGCCAUAUAUCCAUAGACCCUAUAUACCUCUCACUGCAGACGAUACAUUCAAAAUUGGUAACCAUGACAACUGGCGGCAAGGUACCCUGGGGCAGAGAGUACUUGGAGGAGCUGUUCGGCACUUUUGAAGAGGACAUCACUUCUGACGAAGGGGAGGGGUCUAUGAAAUCCAUGGAAUUCUUCCAUGACGUGUUCAAUACUGGGUCGUACGGAGGCCGUCUGAUCGACAUCGGGUCUGGUUCUACUCUGUACCAGGUUAUCAGCGCAAGUCGGUUCUUCUCGGAGAUCGUCUGUUCAGAUUACAGCAAGGAUGCAAGGGCAGAAAUCGAGAAAUGGCUAAAGAAGGACGGAACUGCAUUCGAUUGGACCGAGUACUUCCAAUACUUUAUAGAGUUGGAAGGAAGCAGUGAAAAGAUCGAGGACCGUGAGCAGCAGCUCCGCCAUGCGGUCAAGGCGGUAGUGCACUGUGACGUCCUGCAACCCAACCCCACUCAUCCCCUGACCUUUGACCCGUUUGAUGUCAUGAUCUCAGCUUAUUGCCUCGAGGUGGCGUGUCCAGAUAGACCAUCAUAUGCGAAAGCGGUGGCCAACAUAUCAACUCUGUUGAAACCAGGAGGAACCAUCGUAUUCGAGUCUUACAUUGGAGCAACCUUUGCAGUCAUAGGUGGUGCAAAAGCCAAGCUUCUUCCAGUGGAAGUGGAUUUUGUUGUCCAGACCUUCAAAGAAGCAGGCUUCUCAGACAUACAGACGGUGUACUACCCUUCACCGGAAAGGUCAGAGUUCAAGGUCACUGAUGUCAAGGGCAUGCUGUUCUUCACUGCAAAGAAAAGUAGCUAAAAAUUGCAAUUAGGCCAUGUUGAUUUGAUUGUAUGGAUGACAUCCGUGCGUGAACGAAU